CCUUUUCUUCGAGUUCGAAAAGCUGCCGGAACCAUCGGGGAACACCCCGAAGCGUGGGCGGCCGAAGAAGAACCCUCCGGACCCCCUCGCGUUGCUGGAUGGUGACGCCGUCGCAGGUACUUUAAGUAUAGUGGAUGAAUCGAUAAUCAAGUAAAUGGAUAUCAAUCAUGAAAAUGAAAAUCGACGAAAAUCGAUGGCGGUGUGAAUAAUGUAUCCAGAACUCUCAAGCUUCAGCAAAAGGGUCUCGGUCUCAGUAUCGUAGUUGGAAAUCAAUCAUAAAAGAGGUGCGUCGCAGUAUGAGCUCAUCAAUUGGGUAUGUCAGUGCAAAGAUGCCGGAGCGUCGUCCAUAGUGUACAAAUAAAUCGCGCGCCAUGCCUUUUUUGGCUACCAGUAGCACCUUGCGCCGAUGCUUUUCGUGAAUGAUCGCGCGUGCCCUAGACUGAAAAAAGCGGCGCCGUCGGGGGAGGGGCUCCCGGCCCAGCCCUCCGCAGGGGGGCCGCAGCGCGCCGUCGUAAGAGCCAGCGCAUGGCGGGCGCGGUUUAAUUGAGCGCCACUGAGUGUCUGUAGGGGCCGCUAGCGGCGGCGGCAUUUGUGGCCGUGAAGUGGCAGCGCUCUCCCUUCUUAUCGCCCCCCCGCCUGCCGGCUAGCAGGCGUCGUAGUAGAUGGGGCGAAGGCUGGGGUGUGUGUCUUUCAAAUUGCGGCGUCCCGCAUUCGGAUUUUGCCCUGCGAGGUCCGAAUGCGAGUGCAAACAAUGGCCCAGACAAGGAGACUGCGAUGGUUUGCAUUGCUUGCCUUCCCCGCACCAGCGGAAGCUGGAACUUCGACUCUUGCGGCAGAGGCGAAGUUCCGGCUUAGCUUCGCCUUUUCGACAGAGGCGAAGUUCCGGCUUCCGCUGCGGAGAAGACAAGCAAAGCAACCUCCUUGAAGAAAAGAAAAGCUUGCGCUGACUUUCACGCGGCGGAAGUACAGACUGCGCCUCCUGCGAAAGCGGCGAAGCUGCAGUUCCGGCUUUCGUUGUGGGGAAGAGGGCGAGCAAAGUAACUUAUUUGAAGAGCAAAAGAGCUUGGGUUGACUUUCGCGCCGCGGCCGCCGGAACUUCGCCGCUGUCGAAGGAAGUGCAGGAAGCUCCGGCUCCCGCAGUGUACAUGUUGAAGCCGGUCGUCUUCCAAUAUUUUGCGCGGACGCCCGUCCGCGCCGAUCGGUGGGCUGGCACAAAAUGCCAUCAGGUGCUUGCCGAAGCCCUUCAUAGUUCCUCGCGUAGCUAGCAGUCGUGGCCGGUUUGCGGGCCUUCAGCAGCAGCUCCCGUUCCGUAUCCCCGUACUGCCGCUCCGUUGGCUUGCGGCUGGGGACGUUGAAAGCCGCCGUCGUUCGCGCGGCAUCGUCGUACUUCACCUCGGCGCCCUGAUUCGUGGCCCGCUUCAGCAUGGUCACGGUGAGGUCGUGGGUGAAAGCAAACACGAUGCUACUGCCGUGCUGGCGGCCCUACGGCCGGAGAGGUUCAUUGUCCGGACUACCAUCGGGGGCAGCAAAGUUCCAGAAAAAUGCGACGCUUUGCGAUCUCUCUUAGCACUGUUGCGGUUACGCCAAACGGCUGCACCGCUGUAAAAAGGCUGACUUAUACUGAAAACCAGCCAUCGGAAAAGACCCAGAAAAAUGGACCGUUAGCCCCUGUCUAGAUACGAGCCCACGACUGGCGUCCUUUAGGUAGAAACUGAAGCGCCCUUUACAAAAAUACGGAAAGACAUAGCCUCCCGCCCUGUCUAGAUAGGAACGGAGGCCCUUUUCAGGCGCGGGGAGAUCAAUAUUCCCGGACUUUCCAGGAAAAUCCUGGCAAAUCUCGCGCCCCCGGGCGUACUCCAACGCUCACGCUCCACGCGCUGUAGAGCUUGCUUGUCUUCCCCGCAGCGGAGGCCGCAACUUCGGCUCUGUCUAAAGAGGCGAAGUCCCGGCUUCCGCUGCGCGGAAGGGAGGCAGGGCAAAGUGUGGAACGACUUCAACCAAGACAGAGCAGCUGCAAAACUUGGAUGAAUAAAGGACAGGAGCAGUGACAUUCUGAGACAGUAGCACUUAGGGCGAAAAAUAGGCUACCACUACCCGCUGCGCUUUUAUUUGCAAAGCUUUUUCACUUCGGAUUUUGGAUGACCGUUUCGAAGCCACGGGGGGCGUGGCGUUUACAGAGACGCGAGCAAUUCACUCCCAGGUCUACCCCUGCUAGUUGCGGACGAUCAGCAGCAGGACGCUCUAUGCGUGGCAGAUGUGUCUAUGUCUGGCGCUGCGAGAUCUGGACACGACAAGAGUUGCGCAUUCUUCAGAGGAUGCGUCAGCUUUUUCUUUUUGCUCGUUUCGAAGGGUUUCCGGUCAUGGAAAACGCGGUAGAUCUACAGCGUAGUUUUGCAUGACGCCUGCUUCACUGCCUUCUUCAAUCAGACCCAGACGCAUUUGCAUCGGAUACGCCGAUGGAGGUCGCAAUGGCGCCGCGGCCGACAGCGAAUCCGAUGCCCCGGCUUUGACGGUGGAAGUCACCAUUUCCGCGGGGUGGCAGCAGGACCUUGGCGGUGCCCGAAAGGCUAUUUUAGAACGAAUGGCGGCGGAAGCCGGCGGGCUAUGGACCGUGAAGAUCACAGCGGAGACGGGGCAGACGACGGUCUUCUGCCGUAAUUGCCUCAGCAUAGCGAAGGGCGGCGAGCGGGAGUGUAAGUACAAGCUGACCGGGACGAUGCCAAAGGGCAACCGGGGCGGGACCCUCGAGCUGACGGCGAACAACUUGAAGCAUGGCACGCGCUUGCCCGGUGACCGCGCGGGAGCUCGCCGCCGGGCACUGCAG